CUCAUUCUCAAUUUUGUUGUGUUCAGUCGGUGUAGUCCGUUGUAACUGGCAAGAUGAAACUUUGGCUACCAUUACUUGGUUGUGCGCUACUGUCCUUAGCUAUAGCAAAGAGAGUCUCUUACACAGAGUUUCAAUUGUACGUGGUUCACCCGGAAACUCGUGACCAGUUGGAGAAACUACACGAAUUGGCACAGAAUGUGGAUUACGAUUUCUGGGACGCUCCAAGACUGAACCGUGAUGUACGAGUGAUGGUCAGUCAUUACGAUGAAGCCAAAUUCGAACAGGUUUUGGACCGACAUGACAUCACUUAUGAUCCCGUCGUGGGCAAUGUUCAACAGAUCCUUGAUAAAGAACGGGCCACCAAUGCUGAGUUCUACAAAAGAGCGAAACGUGAUUCCAACUCCAGGUCUACCAUCGACUUCGAUCAUUACUGGACCUUGGAUGAAAUCUACGAUUAUAUCGAAGAAAUGGCUUCUGCUAGCCCCAUGGUAACAGUGUUUGACAUUGGAACAACCCGUGAAGGACGACCAAUUAAAGCGGUGACCGUUUCUUCCAACGGAGAAGUUUCUUUGGAACGGCCUGUUUUGUUCAUGGAUUCGGGUAUCCAUGCACGUGAAUGGGUCGGAGUUAUGUCGGUGAUGUACAUGUUUCACGAGUUCGUUGAACACUCGGAAUUGUAUACGGAACAGCUUUCCAAUACGGAUUAUGUUAUAAUUCCCGUACUAAACCCCGAUGGCUACGUGUAUACACACGAGGUGAAUCGUCUAUGGAGAAAGAACCGCGUACAGAACAAUCUGCUAUGUGCGGGAGUUGAUUUGAAUCGUAAUUAUCCGUUCUCCUGGGCCUUCACGAGUAAUGCUUGUACGAACACCUUCGCGGGAACUGAACCCGCCUCGGAGCCAGAAACAAAAGCCAUGAUAGGUUUAAUGGACCGGUACAAGUCAGCCAUGACGACUUACAUUGCUGUGCACACGAGUGGAGAGAUGAUCUUGUGGCCAUGGGGCUACGACUUCAUACAUUGCGAUAACUGGGAGGAGCAUGACGUGUUGGGUAAAAAGGCGCGUGACGCCAUUAUAGCCGCUGGAGGAAACGAAUGGGAAGUUGGAAAUUCAGCUGAUGUGCUGUACAAAGCUUCCGGAGCUACCGAUGAUUAUGCGUAUCACACUGGGGCACGGUUGGCGUACACUAUUGAGCUGUCGGGGGGAGGACAGAAUGGAUUUGAUCUACCCGUCGCUCAGCUGGAAAAAGCCAUCCGAGAAGCUUUCGAGAUUUAUAAGACUUUCGGAGCAAACGCUGGAACACUUCCAUUGCCAACGCCGUCUGCAUGAAUGAAUCGACCGAUAAUAGGAAAUGUUCAGUAAUUACAGUUAAUAACUGAUUAUCAACUCGUUGCUAUAAUCAUAACAUUAAUGUAAAUUAUAUAAAUGUAUUCAUCAUACCAUGUUGAAUCAUGUUAUGAUAUCAGUAAACU